CUCAGGCAACAAGGAAGACACAAAAGGAAGUGAUGAACUACAGGACUGCUUUCUGAAUUCCUAUCCGCCAUACAGAUGGAUUACAACGGUACAUAAAACAGCUUGUCUUUCGCAGAAAACUUAAUUGAAUACUGGACCCUCUGAAAGCCUGAGGCAAGCUCUCACUUUUUAUUAUUCACAAUGAAGAUAUAAAAACAGAAGUGUAUAUACUUUGUGCAAAUCAUGGUUAGUAGCAGUAAUAAUACUUUAUGAAGCAUCUCAAAAUUUAGGUACUGUACUGUUAAAAUGAGAACAAAUCCUGUGUGUGGGGUUACAAUAAAAAUAAUUAUAGAUGAAGUAAAAAGAGAGACAGAAAUUAAAAGUUAAAAGUUAAUAAUAUAUCAACUUCCAGAUAAUUUAAACUAAACCUUCACACAAUGGGCUGAUGGCACCAUGAGCAAGCUCUGGACUUUCACCCUAAGCUGAACUGUGAUUUAGUGACAACUAUGGUUUGUUUCACCAGCAGUGUUAGAAGGUAAAGGGACCCCUAACCAUUAGGUCCAGUCGUGGCCGACUCUGGGGUUGCGGCGCUCAUCUCGCUUUAUUGGCCAAGGGAGUACAGCUUCCGAGUCAUGUGGCCAGCAUGACUAAGCCGCUUCUGGUGAACCAGAGCAGCACACGGAAACACCGUUUACCUUCCCGCCAGAGUGGUACCUAUUUAUCUACUUGCACUUUGACGUGCUUUUGAACUGCUAGGUUGGCAGGAGCAGGGACCGAACGACGGGAGCUCACCCCGUCACAGGGAUUCAAACCGCCGACCUUCUGAUUGGCAAGUCCUAGGCUCUGUGGUUUAAACACUAGGAGACAAAUGGCUCCUGAAACCUGGGUUACAGAAACAAAAACAGAAUGGCUAGUCACCAUUUUUACCCAAUGCAGCACUUUCCAUUUAUUUUUUCAAAACAGUUCUUAAUUGGACACCACAAACUAAACGGUGCUCAGCCUCAGCAAUAGUGGCCAACCAUAAGUAUUUAUAAAUUCUGUUAUGUUUGUAUGUAUGCAUGUGUAUCUCUUAGCCCAAAAUGUUAUACUGCAGCUUCAGCAAGUACUACAGUCAGUUAAAUGUCUGUUAUAUAAAAAUUCUUGGAAAACCAGGCCUAACAGCACAAUCCUAACCAUUUCUACACAGAAAUAGAUACUACUGAAUUCAAAAGGGCUUAUACCCAGGCCAAUAGGAUUGGGAUUGAAACCUAUUUCAUUAUUUUUAAGCAGUAACUCUUCUUUUACAAGAUGACAUUUUUUGCCGGACUGCCUGUACAGCUGUUAGGGCUGGGCGAUAUAAACUUUUCAACAGCACAAUGUAUUGUGAUACAUCAUUAAGUUGAAAAAGAAGGAGCACAUUCAACCCCAAUCUUUUACUAACAAUUGUUAGGUGUGUUUUGACAGUGGUUAGGAGAAGAUCUCAUGUAAAAAGCCAGAGUCAUGUUUUUGCACCAAGGUUGCACUAAAAAGUUUCAGAUCUAAGAAAAGCAUACAGAAUCAGGCCAACAUCCCAUCUAGUUCAGCAUCCUGUUCACAUAGUAACCAACCAGAUACCUGUGGAAAACCCACAAAUAGGACCUAAGCACAAGUGCACUCUCCAGCAACUGUAAUUUUUAUCAUUCCAUCUGCGAGGACAGAUGUGAUCUGAAUCUGAUAGUUGUUUGAGGGAUAUUGUCUGCAAAAAUAUGUGAAAACAAAAUUAUUCAUUUUGUAUUUGAUAGAUCUGACUUUUAUCCAGACCCAUAAAGUGUGGAAAAUGUAUAUGGCUAUAGUUGGACACACAGAUUUAAAAAACUGGGGGGGGGGGGGAGAGAGAUGCAGUUUCUAGCAAGUUAGCAUGUGGUCUGAUACUUAAGAGAACCAUGAUACAACUGCAUAUGAUUUUUGCUGCAGAAAGGUUGAUUUCCUAAUUCAAGAAAUGUUUGGUAUUUUUUUUAAAAAUAGACACUUUCCACAUUGUAACAAAAACUUUGCUUAUUUUAAUUCCUUUUCUCUGCAUUACCACUACCUGAUACAUUCAGCUAUCUUUUUCCUAAUGUUUUCAAAAACAGAAAGCCAAACAGUCACACUCAGACCCAACUGACCCAAGUUAUCAUGUUCUGGCUCACAGGCCAAACUGGGCCUGACAGGACGCCGCAACUGGCCAGGGUCAUUUCAGCCUAGCCAUGCCCACCUAACAGGCAAGGGCAAGUAAAACCUGGCUCAGCCUAAAAAGGUUUGCAGGCACCACCAGCCAGCUGACUGAUGGCGCCCAAAAAGCCCUAUGCAAAGCAUUCCAAAGAUAGCCCUUUUGAAGGGUGUCAGGAAUACUCCAAGAAGCCCUUAUCAAGUUAGUGCUUUAAAGUAACAAGUAGGUAGCCGUGUUGGUCUGCCGUAGUCGAAACAAAAUAAAAAAAAUUGCAUCCAGCAGCACCUUAGAGACCAACUAAGUUUGUUAUUGGUAUGAGCUUUCGUGUGCAUGCACACUUCUUCAGAUACGAAAGCUCAUACCAAUAACAAACUUAGUUGGUCUCUGCCACUGGACGGAAUUUUUUUAUAUUUUGCUUUAAAGUAGGCUUUUAAAAUUCGCCUGCUAUCAACUGACUGAUAGGCGGGGGGCUCCACCUACCUGUCAAACUUGGCCCACAGCAGGUGGAGAUAACCAUCUGGCAAGUUGGGCCAAUUUCUGUAAUAACAGAAUGAAGACCAAGUGAAGCCCAACCUUUAAUUGAGACAAACCACUAAGAAUAUCCUAGACCAGGAAUGUCCAACGCGUUGAUCAUGAUCGAUCAGGGCACCGCAGGAUGAAUGUUAGUCGAUUGCAGGGCUGUUUUGACAUCCUGUGUGCCCAGUCGGGAAAGCAGCGGGCAAGCUUCUCUCACAAGAGGAAAUGUUUAGCCGCUGCACGCGCCUGCCCUGUUGGGGAACCAGGCAUCAGAAAAGCAGCCAGCAAGCCCCUCUCACAAGAGGGGACAUUUUGCCACUGUGCACACCUGCCCCUUCAGGGGAAGCAGCCAGCGCCCGCCUGCUCACCCUACACCCAUCCCUGCCACCAUCCCUGGGUGGUAGAUCACUGCCAGUUUUUAUAUUGGAUCGUAGAUCAAAGCCGAUUUUAAGUCGGACAUGCCUGCCCUAGACAAAGCAGGUUAACACCUCCUAAUCUUAGUUUCACAAUUGCUCUGAAUGCUUAUACUGCACCAAGAACAAGGAGUAACUGUGCUAGCCUGUUGCAGCCCCCAAACAUUGAAGGCCCUUGUGGCUCCUUAAGGAGGCAUGAGUUUUGGCCAUAAAAGGCUAUUUGUCAGAUUAGAUCUGUGGCAAACAUUUAAAAAAUGCCACAGUGAAAAUGUCUGCCAUUAAUAGCUAACAAAAUUUCAAGUGAGAAGCUAGUCCCACAGAAGAUCUCAGUCCACUCAAUCUGCCUGUCCCCAUUCGCUGGUAGUCCAACACUACUAACCAAAGUACUCAUGGAACCUCAAAGCAGUUUAGAAAAAAGAUAAAACAUAAAAAAUGCAUAAUUUUGAAACGUCGAAUUCUUCUUACAGAUCUGGGUGCGGGUAUCAUGCGGCACCUGUAAACGUGUAAACGUAAACGUGCCAAUACUUCCGUGUCUUUGGAGCACCUCAGUGUGCGCUGCAAGCUCAACAGUCUAAGCCUUUUAAGGUUCUGCGUUUUAAGGUUUCUGCGAUGACGGUUCUUGCUCUUAACGCACUACAGUGGUACCUCGGGUUACAUACGCUUCAGGUUACAUACGCUUCAUCUUACAGACUCCGCUAACCCAGAAAUAGUGCUUCAGGUUAAGAGCUUUGCUUCAGAAUGAGAACAGAAAUUGUGCUCCGGCGGCGCAGCAGCAGCAGGAGGCCCCAUUAGCUAAAGUGGACUUCAGGUUAAGAACAGUUUCAGGUUAAGAACGGACCUCCGGAACGAAUUAAGUACUUAACCCGAGGUACCACUGUACUGAUGAGCGCUAAACGGCACAUUAACAUUCCCGAAACCGCAAGGGAAAGCUUUGCCAGUGGAGCUUCUGCCUGCUCUUAUCUGUAAGGAGCGGCGGCGGCGGCGAAGCUGGACUAGCGAGGCAAGGCGGUCGAGGAGCCCCGUCGAGGCCUCCGGGGCCACGGAAAAGUCGUCGCCGAGCACCUGGCGCAGUGACUCAGCAGAAAAGAGCCGCCCUCGGCAGACAGGACCCGGCGCCGCGGAGCUUCGCUUCCCCUGAGGAGAGAAGGGAGGGAGGCGAAGGCGGCCGGAAAGGACCAUACUUACUCGGCAGACGAGGAAACGCGGAGGCCCCACCACCACCGCUCCCCGAAACAGAACUUCGGACGUUUCGUUUCCCGCGCGGCGAGCGCUGCCGCUUUUCCUGAGGGAGCGACGCGCGAGUGACCCGGAUGCAGACGAGCCUUCCUUUAGGAACCGGUGAGGGCGCUAGAAAGCAAACUCGGACCUGGCGGCAGCGUUGCGCAUGCGCCGCGUCGCCGAGCGCGUCCUCGGUUACACAAGCGAAGGCGCCGCCGGAAUGCACACCAGGACGGCUGCAAACGCGCGGGAAAGCCCCGCGCGUGCUGAGCGCAUGCGCCCGUAGUGUCAUCACUUCCUGUUGAUUUUUUGUUCACUUCCGGCAGUGGCUCCCUUGGCUGAUCGGGUGAGUGGGUACCUGAAAGCGGGGAGGGGGCGCGACGAGGGAAAGAGGUUCGCGUCGCUUCAGGCGUUUCUUGGAGCCUGAGCGGGGAAGAGGCUGUUGGGCGGGAGGGCUUCUUCCCCGACGGGAUCUGCUCCGGCGGGUCUCAACCGUCCCUUGUCGGUCUCCUGCGCCUUUCGCCUCAGCGGAGCCGCCUUCAGGGGAGCCGAACGGGGGACGGGCGGAGGACAGGAUCCCGACCGAACGCCACUGCCGUCCACUGUGCCUGUUCUCUUAUUCCCCUCAGUAGCCCUUCAUAUCCACAGAAUUCCUACUUAAAGCCUAGAUUUGCUCUUUCAACUGCUCAUCUAGUUUAAAACAAGUACAGUGGUACCUCAGGUUAAGUACUUAAUUCGUUCCGGAGGUCCGUAACUGUUCUUAACCUGAAGCACCACUUUAGCUAAUGGGGCCUCCUGCUGCUGCCACGCCGCCGGAGCACAAUUUCUGUUCUCAUCCUGAAGCAAAGUUCUUAACCUGAAGCACUAUUUCUGGGUUAGCGGAGUCUUUAACCUGAAGCGUAUGUAACCUGAGGUACCACUGUAAAGGGGCGUUGUGGGGAUGGAGUGGGGGGAAACAUAUUGACGGUUGCCUGCCUCAUCUGUUCGCUAGCUCUAAAGUACUUGCCGAUUUAUCCUGACGCUCUCAUAUUUUAAGCACCUGUAUAUCCCCCCUCCUUUUUUUUAGGUAUACCCGAAUUGGUUUACAAAGUUCUAUAAAAUAAUAAUCCUCUCAGUAAAGAAGAAUGCAGUGCAGCAGAAGUGGUUUAAGAGGGUUCUAGGCAAAUUUCCCUGGAAAUUUCCCUGUAAAAGCAGGGCGCCCGAAGAGAAAAAGGUCCUGUCCUGGGUUACCACCACCCUUCACUUCAGAAGUCUUGUAGGGUUUGACCUAUAGCUUAAUUUCAUUUUUAUGCUGCUCUUUGGUUGAGGGUCAUUAUAAGUUGUUGGUUCCCACGCCCAACCAAUUUAGUUCACUGUCAAGUUGGACUGAGAAAGAGUAACUGGCUCAUGGCAGAGUGUGGAUUUGAACCUGGAUCUUCCAUAUCUUAGUCUGGUACUCCUAACUACUACCCUGUGCUGGUAAGAAUUCGGUGGUACUUAUUUCUGAGUAUGCGUGCAAAGAUCACGCUGCUAGGCUUCCAGUUAAUCCUAAGUCUGAAUUCCUAAGUUGUGAUGACUUCAGGGGAAAACCAUGUUUUUAUAGCCUGUGAAUUUUAUAGUAUGUGUAUCCACAGUACUUAGUUAAUUGGGAACCACUGCUCUAGCAAACAUUGCAAGGCACCAGGUUAAAAACAGCCUUUAAGGUGGCUCACAUUGUCACAAAGACCCUGAAACCUUUGUUACGGCAUGUUACAUGCUAGCUUUCCAUAGCCUGAUGCCCUCUUGGUGUUGUUGUUGUUGUUUUUACCAUACCCCUCAGCAACCCUGACAAGUGGCCAAACUGGUGGGUUGAAGAGGGUUGUAGUUCAAAGUACCUGGAGGCCAUCAGGUUAUGAGGAGUUGGCACAUAACAUGCCGUAACAAAGGUAUAAGACUGUUGUUUUUAAUGAAACAGAUUUACCCUGUUCCACUCAAAAAUAAAGUUUAAAAAUUAAAAGUUUGUAAUCUAAGUUUAUUCCUUACUUAAAGAGUUUUGUCUUCCCCUUCUUCUUUAUAAGAGAUUGAUAAAUGAAAUCCAUGAAGAUCAAAAUAACAGUUUUAUGAAAAAGGAUUUGGAAGUAGGGGAGCAGAAACGAUGGCUGCAUCCCUGCAGGCGAGGAGCAGUGCUUUUUCUGGUGGUACAUGCCAGUACACCAUAUGGCACCUCUUUCCAAGAAGUCUGCAAUGUUUGGCAUACUAAGCACUUGAAAGUUAAGGUAGUUUGACCCAUGCAUCUAAUGGCCCACUUUGUCCAUCAGCACGAAGCAGAGUGGAGUCUGGCAUACACUACCACUGCAGGUUGACAAUGAGAAGCAGCAGAACUUAUCCCCACAAGUUCAUAAACAACUACUAUAAACUUAUAAAGAAGUAAUAAACCACCAAUAAAAGUAGUGCAUUCAAUUAGUCUUUCCCAACCUGGGGUCCCCAGAUGUUGUUGGGACUACAAAUCCUGUCAUCCCUAGCCUUCAGUACCAGUGGUCAGAGAUGAUGGGAGUUGUUCCUGUUUGCAUCCGUCUGUCUUGGGAGGCACUGGAGGAGUGCCCCUUUGGGGAUGAAGUCAAACUUUUGGAAGGUUGCAGCACUUGCUGUGGUAGUUGAGAACAAUACGGGAGAGACAUGUUUUGUUGCAGCUGGGGCAGAUGAAGGUGCCCGGUUGUGCUGCUGUAGAUGUACCAUAGUGUUUCUUCUCUCUGCUCUCCUCCCAGCGGUCAUUUCUCCUCUGGUCCCUGCUAUGAAUGCACAACCUGACUGCCUGUCUCCAGGCACUGCAAUUGCAGGCAAGGGAUUCCCCCACAGCAGCAUUGAUGUUGCAAGUCUUCAUAUCACGUUUGUAGACGUCUUUGUUUGCAGACAUCUUUGUAAUGCAUAAUCGGUCUGCUAAAGUGCCUAGUGCCUAAAGCCAGUGGUCCAUAGAGCGCAUCUUUGGGGAUUCUGCUAUCUUUCAUUCUGUGGGCAUGACCAAGCCAGCAUAGACAUUGCUCUCCAACAAUAUCUGGGAACCCAAUAAAUUCUCCGCUAAACUAAAAAUAUUCACAGGAGGAAACAUUUAAUGGAAACUAAUAGGAAUUCUUCAUGCAUGGGUUGCUAGAAAUUUCUCAAGACUCUUACACUAUUGGUUCCUUGAUGGGUUUUGGGAACUCUUCUAAUAUAAAUGAAUCACUAUAUUUUCAUUCUGAAAGAUAAUCACCAAAGUUUGCAAAACUUCUUAGUUGACAGCUUUACUGGUCCUUUAAGAUUAACACAAGUAUUAAAUGUUAUUUCUGUACUUGUUUGCUUACAGAAAUAUAAUUUCAGCUUGGGUGUCCUCAGCUGCAAAAUUCAAAUAACUUCCUUCUACGGCAAAUCAUUGUUUCUUUGAGCUGCUAUAUAUACUCUAUGACCAUAAAAUAAACCCAUUAAGUACAUUUCAAACCCUGUGUGUUGGCUCAAAGUUCAUUAUGUGCCCCAUGUGUUAGCUGUAAAGAGUCAGUAUUCGUAUGGUUUGCAGUUUUUUGAAAAAUAGAGGGUGCUUGCUUCAAGAAGUGUGGUGUCCAUUUUCUCUGUGUGUGAAUUUUACACCCCUGACUUCAUAACAGACUUGUUAAUCAUGUACGACUAUGUUUAGUAGGACUAGCUAUUUGCUUAGAAUACAGCAUGCAAAUGGGGCAUAAUCCUUGCCCAAAGGGCUUAGAACCCAAAGAAGGCAGGUAGGACAAAGGUCAAAUAAGAUGACAGGGCUUGAUACUUUGUCAUUAAUUAAUCUUCAGCAAUUUCAUUUAGCGUAUAAAAUGCAGCAUGCUUUUGUAGGUUAAAGUGCUCCUUAAGUUAGCAGUGGUGUUGUAUAUAAUAAUCAGUCCUUCAGAAAGCACCAGCACCCUGAUCCUGAUGUAAUUGUGUGUUCAUCGCUGUGAGAAGCGGCUGCAAAAGCACUGUGUGGAUGUCAUUUUGCAUGGGUAUAAAUCACUGUACUUUUUCAGAGCCUCCAAUCAAGUAAGCUUUGUUCAUUCCCACUUCUAUGCCUCUGAAUCCCGUGAUGCCUUCCGUUCUGCCCUACAUGACAGUCAAAUGGAGCCAUUCCAAAUUACAAUAACAUGAAUAAUACGUCCUGUGUGUUUAUUUCAUACUUAGCUAGGAUGGCAUCUAAACAGUCAGAAUGGGGAAAUGCUCAUGGAAACAUAUUUAGUUUUGCUGGUGAAUUAGACUUAAAGGAUUAACUACACAAUGGGGGUGGGGCUCCUUCCUAAACUUAGUGUAGACUUGGUCUCUUUCACAUUCAAAUUGGGGUACAGUACUGCAAUGCCCUCUAUGUGGGGUUUUGCUUAAAUACAACUUGGAGCUUCAUUAAGUGGUUUGCUAGAAUCCUCAGCAUUUUUCAAGUGGUCUGUUCUGGGGAACAUUUGGGAACAACUGGACUCUACCCAUAUGAACCUACCAGGUCUUCAUCUCAGGCCCUGGCUUUUUAGUCACCCUCUGUGUACCACAGCUUCAGAUCUGGGCCAUGGUGUCCUCAAAAUCAGUAUCAACAAAAUUCACGUAAGGGUAUUUGUGUUUUGGUUAGGGCAUUCUGUUGAGUAUUUUCAAUUGUCUCCUUGUACUGAGCAAUAUAGGGUCUCCUGCCGUCGUUGUCCCGUCCCCGUCCCCCCCCAAUAUAUGUGAGUAGUGCCCAUCUGACCUGUGAAAAAUCUUUCUGCUUAGUAGCUUCAAUCUUUCCAGUUUUUGAAGCAUCUAUUUUUUCAGCCCCGGUUCUAAUCAUAAAUAGAUUGCCUUGAAUGUUGGCUUGUAUGAUAAAUAUUUUAUUAAUCUAUUAAAUAGAUCCUCUCUCCAGUGCAAUUAAUUUGUGGCUAAAGAUUGGUUUGGGAAAAGGGGGGAAAUAUUGUCUGUUGAUUCUAGCCUAUCCUUAGUGCUGUGUAGAAAAACUGAGUUGCAGCUAAUGCUGGUCCUACUCAAGGUGGAUUCAUUGAAAUUAAUGGACAUGGGUCUACUCUGAGUAGGAUUUGGUUUGCUACAAUCUAGGUUUACACGAAAGGAGAAAUCCUUUAGGCUGCAAUCCUAAUUCAAAUCCCACUUAUUUGGGAGUAGGCCCUAUUGUUGUUAAUUCACUUUAAUUGUCCCUUUACAUCAGGCAACUCUUUACUUAAUAUUCACGUAGUUCAUUCCACUGUUCUCUGCUGGAAAUCAACCCAUGUGCAAAAGGUUUCAAAGUAAAGCAGAAAAUGUGUGCCUUGGUUGUCUUGAGUUUCCAGUAGAAAUUGCCCAUGGAAUCCUUUUAUCAAAUAACUAUCGAUGUGAGUCAAAAUGUGGUCUGAGUGCUGGAUGAUGGCGAAUGAAGCAAUAUAUUUAAUUUCAGUUGUGUAGAUUUUUACUAUAUGCUUACUAGACUUGAUGUUCUCCACAUCAACACAAAUUUAAUUGAUUUAUUUUUUGUUAGUAUUCAUUAUAUGGCAGGCCCAAUAACAUUCUAACAUUCUGCAAAUGGACUCAGAAACUAAAGAAGGAGAGGAAGAGAGCCUGCAAACAGCUUUCAAAAAGCUGAGAGUGGAUCCAACUGGGUAGGUAACAACAGUCCUGUUUACUCUUCCUGUGUAUUUGACUAUUUUAGCAUUGUAUUAGUGUCUUUCCAUUUUUAUAGAAUUGACUCUGAAGAAAGGCAUCAGCAUUACAUUACUUCUAUGCAUCUAUGAACAAUAUGGGUCUGAUAUUCUUAUUGGUGUUUGGGCUGUUGUACCUGUAGAAUAGCUAGUAUUGUGGCUACUUUUUUGUUUGCAAGGAGAAUGGCAUGCCAAGCAGUGUUAGAAAUUCCCUAGGCACAUUUUGUGACUGGCUCAGGUGCAGUUGCAGCUAUGUGGAGAUUUAUUGUAUUUAUAUCCCACCUUUUUCUCCAAGGAGUACAUGGUUCACUCCCCUCCUCAAUUAAUCCCUACAACGACCCUGUGAGGUAGGUUAAGAGGCUGUGACUAGCCCAAGGUCACCCAAUGAACUUUAUGACUGAAUGGGGAUUUGAACCCUAACAGUGAAGCCACCCACUUGUCAGUCACAUAACAUCACAGUGAUGUCACGUGCAAGGUGCUGCCAAAAGGGAAUCUCUCUUCCUUCACUUUAGCAGCAGUUCCCUGCUACAACAUAGUAAAAAAAACACCCAUCAGUUUUAGCAGAAGAGUCUGAUCCUGACUUAGGGAGGCCUGUGUGUAUUGGGAUUCUCCACUUGAAAGGGAUGGAUUUUCCCUCAUCAUCUUAGCAGUGGAUCCAGGUUUGCAUGGAAUCCCCUGCCAAAAUGAUGGUCUAGCAGGAGAUUUUAGCAGGGAACAGAUGCACACAGCCAAACUGAGCAGGAUUUAACCCCUGCUUAUCAGCUGUUGAGUGGGGGGUAAAUCCUGCUGGGAUCAGGUACCCACAGCAAUGCAGAACCGAACCCCAGCCUCCUGUCAGCUGAUUGACAGGUGGGUGUGGCUUGGAGAAAAUGGCCUUGUGAACCAAAUUUGUGGACCAGUAUUGGCCUGCAGGCCAGAUUCCCCACUCAGGGUCUACACUGACUGACAGCAGCUAUCCUGACUUUAGGGCAGGGAUCUUUUCCAGCCCUACUUAGAGAUGUCAGGGAUUUAACCCGGGAUCUUUUGCAUAGAAUACCACUGAGCAGCAGCCUUUUCCUUUAUCUGUUUGUCUGUAGAUAAGCAAGAAAAUGGUGGGGAGAUAUUCCAUUUUGUUUGCUAAUAUGGGUGGAUAAUCCUAAGGGGGACACCGUAUGGGAAUCAGCCUGUAGAUACUUUGUGUUAGAAUCAUACUUUAAUAUGUCAUUUGCCUCUUAAAUCAGAACUUCUACAUCUGUGAGUGACAGCAUGGGAUUGAGAGCUCCAGUCAGAGCUGCUGUUGAUGGAGGCAGGCAUCAAACCGUCUGUUCGAGAGAGAACUGGCAUGGGUAAGACACUUCACUAGUAAUUAUGUUCAACACCUUUGAGUUAAACCCUUCUUUUAUCUCCCAGUAUUUGGCUAUAAUGAAUGUUUAGCCAAUAGGAUAUAGCCUACUGUACUCCAUUUCUCUUAUCUUCUGUGGCUGCCUUCGUCUAAUGUUUAGUUUGAUGAUAAGUUUAGCUUAUACAUGACAGGAAGAAAAGCCAAGGUUUGCAGUUAAGGCUGAAAAAGAUAAUGCAGUUUCUGAUUAGUUUACAGUUGCAUCACAUUCUUCUUCUGGAUUUGAUAUAUAUCAGGGGGAAAUUAUCAGGAGAAAGCAUGAGAUGCAGCUGUUUCUUCCACAGAACUGCAGCAAAUAAUUUUAACAGACAACACUACCUUAUUUUGGAGUGCAUUUUGUUCCAGAGUCAGUUUCUGCUAACAUUGCUGCUCUCUACUCCAGGUGUGCAAGGAAACCCUUGAGAGGGGCGACAAGACCGCAGCGCCGCAGGCGUUCUAAAUCUCCUGUCCUUCAUCCUCCCAAGUUUACAUAUUGCAGCAUGAAGGCAUCUUCCGCAAGUAACCAACUGAAGCACAAAAGCCAGAUGGAUUCUUCAAAGCACAAAAUCGGUCCAGACCCCAGUGUUACAGAAGAGCCAUAUUUGGGAGGAAAGAGAUGCCCCCUUUUCGAUAGCAGCAACUGCAGGAGGGCCAGAGCAGAACAGCGGAGCACUUUCUCAAGGGAGCAGCCUUCAGAGAAUUUGCGAAAGAGUUGUCCUGCUUUCUCUUUGACCUUUGAAACCAGCCUGGAUCCUAGCCAACCCUCAGAUUUCCAGUCACUCUCCAAGCUGAGUUACGAGAAGCAAUGCCCUUGCGUGGACAAAGAAUGUCAGUGCAAACCAUGGCAAGCAAUAGAAGCAUACUCCUUUUCUGGUUUGCGGAGUGUCCUUUCGGAAUGUGAAAAGGCAGUCCUGGAAGCACAUUCGCAAUCUUUGCCAAACCGAUCGCAUUCUGGGAUGGGUUCAUCAAGCUCUACCCGGUCUUGUUCUGAGCAAGCUCGAGUCUUUGUGGAUGAUGUGACUAUUGAAGAUCUUUCAGGGUACAUGGAGUAUUACUUAUAUAUUCCCAAGAAAAUGUCCCACAUGGCAGAGAUGAUGUACACUUGACAUAAGAAUCAUGAGUUGGAAAUUCAGUGGUGGUAGUGAGAUGCUCCCUCAGUGCCAUAGUUGGAAAUGUGUCCGUUGUCAUUGCUGUGUGUUUGAUCAAAUGUUUAUUUGCGCCAUACAGUGUAGUUUUUUAAAUAAAGUGAAAAAGAGAUAAUAUCCUCUGGCUGAAAGGUGCAUAAGAUUAUCUUCAAGAAUGUUCUUGGACAGAGUUUUACCCUUUAUUAAUUCUUUUGUUUUCAAAGUAGCCAUCUUUUAAAUACUGCUCUCUUUAAAAUAACAUUUACUGUGACUUGGAUUAUGUUUUAGCCAACCCAUUUCAAAGGAUUGAAAUGCUGAACUUCGUCCUUGCAGGGGUUUUUUAAAAAAAAAAAUUAGGUAGAGCAUACUGCUACACCAUCUUGAACAGGAAUACCUAAGAAAUGGUUUAGCGUAAGUCAGGGAUGUGUAACACUCCUAUAAGCAACUUUUGCUAGUUUGAAACUCUUCUAGAUUUCCUUAAAUCCUUAGAUGUUUGUCCUGUGGAGGAUCCCCCAAAUCAGUUUUUUGUUUUGCUUUGCAUAAGAUUUUUCUCACACUCCCCCAAUCUGCCACCCAUUUCUGUUUAGCAGUCCACACCUGAAGUUUCUUGCAAAUAAUUUUGAAGUGAUACAAAUGUUCCUUGCACAGGUCUGGAAAGUGUUUAUGCACUAAUCCUUCAAGCCAUUGUCCCACUGUAACUUUACUUGUCAGAGCAUUUGUACUCCUUUAAAAUUAUUCAUAUACUUAAUUUGUGAGGGCCAAAAGUGAAAAUACAAACAAGUUACUAAUAGGGAACUCUAAGAAGACAUUUUGCGUAAGCAAGCACUGGCUUUCUCCCAGUAGCCUUCUAAUGGUCAUGCAUGAAGAUAGAUGCUUUUAAAAUGACUGAGAACAGAUGAAAAAAUCAAUUGCACAUAACACAUGCUUAAUCAGUUGGCUCUUGAAAGCUAUUUACAAUUUGAGAGAUCUGCUAUGCUUUUCUAUUAGCACCUUUAAAAAGAAAUAGAAAUUAUAAGUUGCAAAUUAUUAAGUCGGGAUAGCUGACUAAAGUCAAGAUCCCUUGAUUUCCCCCCCAGUUACCUCCCACCCCACACUUUAGUGAAUACAUACUGCUUUUUGCAUGCUUGCCAUGAAUUUUUACUAUUGGUUUCUCAACUAGUGUCAUUUUGUUCAGCGGUAGGGAACCAUGGGGCCUCCAUAUGCUAAUGUAUGUGAGAGAAAAAGGAUUGAAUUAACUUCUUUGAUUUCUUUCUGAUUAGCAAAUUUCCGCUGUAUUUGAGCAUCUCCUACACUAUAGGGGAAAUAUACACUAGGAUGGAAAGCAGAAUCAUUGCUUUGAGAGAAAACUUGACUUUGUAGCCAUAGAAAUCAAGCCUGUUUUACACCUAGCCAAAGUGGAAAUCAAAUCAAACCACUGCCAAAAGCACUGACCAGAUAGCCCUUCCAUUCCCAUUUUUCUUGAGAGGAAGUCUGCCUUGCUAUUGUAUGAUUAAAAGAUAACCAGUGCUACUUGAAAGGAGUGUCUCAAGCACAUAAUCUGCUUUAGAUUUAUUGUCUCUUUCCCAUUUUAGGACAGAAGGAGGGCAAGAAAAAACAGUUCUGGAACCAAGGAUACAAUGCUGUACAGCUAACUUCCCCCGGUUUGGUUAAGCAAGUGCUUCUCCUUAGCCCUAACUAAAUAUCAGAAAGCUUGGAGACAAGAAUACCUACAGCAUUCUAGAGGACCAAUGAAGCAGUCAUUCAGAAUUCUGCUUCCUACACUACUAUGUCUAAUAAAUAGCCACUAGAUGGAGCUUUCAGAACAGUGCUUAAGAAUUUUUUUUUCUAGUCCCAACAACAGAACUUACUCAGAAUUGUAGCUCUUUGGGUUUUUUCCAGAUGACCUAAAUCUAAAGCUGCGCCAUUUAAUUAGUAGCGUUUGCAUAAGGAGCUUCAAAAGAACAUUGUCCGGACACACUGUUGCAGGCAAUGAAAACCUAUCCUAACGUUAUUGCGCGGGGGAAGAGAAUGUCAAAUAUUAGGCAAAAAGGAGAAUUGUCUGUCCCUUAUUUUGCAGGCAUUGUUGGUCAAAGGAGAAGGAUGACGUCUCCUUGAGUUUUGGAAAUAGCUAGUAAAAACAAUAAAAAAUGUCAGUGCUACAGU